AUGGAUAAGAGAAAAGAAGCCCCAUACGAUGAAAAAGAAGAUAACAUGCUUAUGAAAAGAGUAAAGGUAAUUUCGGACGAGGUUGUAAAAUCAAAGGAUAAGCAAAAUACACUUAUUGAGUCAAUACCGAGGACAUCCGGAUUAAAAGCUCCAAUUAUGCAAUUAACGGGACAUCAAGGAGAAAUUUUUUCAUGUAGAUUUGAUUUGAGUGGACGAUAUAUUGCUUCUGGCUCGUUUGAUCAGUUAAUUUUGGUAUGGAAUACGUAUGGGGACUGUUCAAAUUUUGGCCAGCUAAAAGGCCAUAAACGUGCUAUUCUUGAUCUACAAUGGAGUCGUGACUCUCGAGUAAUUUAUUCUGCAAGUGCAGAUCAAACUGUAGGAACAUGGGACUUGGAAACAGGUCAACGUUUGCGAAAACAUACUGGCCAUGAAGAUAUUAUUAAUUCUAUUACAACUGUGCGGAGGGGUACUGAGUUUUUGGCAACAGGUAGUGAUGAUACAACUAUAUCGCUUUGGGAUGGAAGACAAAAAAAUGCAGUAGACUAUUUUGAUGCAGCAUAUGCGGUGACUGCUGUUGCUUUUAAUGAAGAAGGAAGUCAAUUAUUUUCAGGUGGAUUGGAUAAUGAUAUUAAAGUCUGGGAUCUCCGAAAAAGAUCUAUUAUUUAUAAAAUAGUUGGACAUGUGGAUACUAUUACUUCACUACAAACCUCUCCUGAUGGCAAUUUUCUUUUAUCAAAUGGAAUGGAUAAUACUGUUAGAAUAUUUGAUAUUCGACCAUUUGUACCAUCAAGUAGACAAGUUAAAGUAUUAAAAGGUGCACUUCAUGGUAUAGAAAAAAAUUUAAUUCGUGCUUCUUGGAGUAAUGAUGGUUUACGCGUGGCUGCUGGCUCAGCCGAUCGAACUGUCAUUGUAUGGGACGUCUCCUCUGGCAAACUUACUUAUAAAUUGCCUGGACAUAAGGCUUGUGUCAAUGCUGUUGAUUUACAUCGUUAUGAACCUAUUCUUUUAUCUGCUUCCUCUGAUCGUUCUCUUUUUCUCGGAGAGCUAUCUCAAUAAUCCUUUCCAUGCUUAUUUAUUUUAUUUUUACC